ACUUUGUAUGAAGGUAAACUGAUGAACAGGCUUCUACUCUACAGCUCCAGCAAGCUCUACACCAAACAGCUGUCUCAAACGAAACAUUCACCUGCCGCUGUCAGACGUUUAGGAGUCGUUCUGGAGGAGUGGAAAUGUCUGGAUAAGGAAUAUCAACAACUUCAGGAGACACACAGAAUGUACUUACAGAAGCUGGAUGAAAUUUCCAAACUACAAAACAACUGCUCUUCCUCCAUUUCCAGUCAGCGCAAAGGGCUGAAAGAAGUGUCCCGCCUAGUGGAAAAAUGCAGCAAAGGACCAUCAGAAGAAGACACUAAAACCUUGGAUGAAAUGUGUGAGAAGAUAAAGAUGAGACCAAAUGCUUUCUCUGAAAUGGAAGCUUUCCUUCCAAAAAAAAACGGGUUGUACCUCAGUCUGGUUCUUGGAAAUGUGAAUGUCACUCUUUUCAGCAAGCGGUCAAAAUUUGCAUACAAAGAUGAAUACGAGAAGUUCAAGCUGUAUCUCACAGUCCUCCUGAUGCUGUUCUCUUUCACAUGCUAUUUCUUUGCGAGCUACAGAUUCCUUGAUGCAAUCUUCAAUUUCCUGCUGUUGUGGUACUACUGUACAUUAACCAUCAGGGAAGGUAUCCUCAUCACCAACGGCUCCAGAAUCAAAGGCUGGUGGGUUUUUCAUCACUACAUCUCAGCUUUUUUGUCCGGUGUAAUGCUGACAUGGCCAGAUGGGAAUCUGUACAAGAUAUUCAGGAACCAGUUCCUUGCCUACUCCUUGUAUCAAAGUUUCGUUCAGUGUCUACAGUGCUAUUAUCAAAGUGGAUGUCUGUACAGGCUUCGAGCCCUGGGAGAAAGACACAACAUGGAUCUGACCGUGGAGGGAUUUCAGUCGUGGAUGUGGAAAGGGCUGACGUUUCUGUUACCCUUCCUGUUUUUUGGUCAUUUCUGGCAGCUCUUCAAUAGCCUCUCUCUCUUCCAAAUGGCUCAGCUCCCAGAAUGUAAAGAAUGGCAGGUCUUGAUGUGUGGCCUCUGCUUCCUUAUUCUGUUCAUGGGAAACUUCUUCACCACUGUUGCUGUGGUCCGUCACAAGGUCAAGAGCAGGAAUCAGAAACCAAAGAGUAUGUGAUGAAUACUUUAAUAUAAUCAGAACCAGAUUUAUUGCCAAGCUAGUUUGCACUUAGGUAUACGUACAUAGUAAAGAAUAAACAUAAUAAAAAUGGAAUAAUAACAGCAAAAGUAUACUGCCACAAUCAAGAACAUCAAUGCAGAAUAGAUAUAUUACAAAAACAUGUCUACAAAAAACUGUUGCACGUGCUACUCCAUAAAUUAAAAGCUCACAUCAUCAUUAUUGUUGACUUUAACAUUAUUUAACGCUAUUAUGCUAUCAAAUUAUGGCUAUUAUUACGAAACAUGUACAGUAUAAACAUGAUUUUGUAAAAAGAAAAUGUUUUACAUUUAAUAAAUUACCAUUAAAAGGUAAAUUAUCCUCCACAAAACCUCUACUGUAUGUUUUUGUCUUUGUGUAAAAUGACUGAGGGCGAACAAUGAAUAAAAAGGCCAAUACAUUACAGACAUGCAAUGCCUGCCUCUGUGAAAAUUUUUCUGGAUUUUUUUAGUACUUGUACAUAAUUUGUGCUUGUGUAUGUGUUUAAAUACGUUUGACUGCAGCCCAUUAUUCCAUUCUUUCUAUUUGAGGAAAAGUUGGGCAUGUAUCAUUCUG